GGCUGUGCAGCGCUGACGACAUGGAACGGCGGAGACCCGUGAAGGGGAUAGAUAUCGAUGAACCAUAACACGGAAGUAAAUCCUCUGCACAGGGUGUUUAUCAAGUUAACGACCAUGUCUCUCCCCUCUCCAGCAGCAGAUCAAGCUUAUAUGAACUUUGUCUCCGCCCUCGAGGCGGAAAGUUUACGUGUGCCCCUACAGAUCGUCGUCGAUGGGUCAUCCCCAACGGAUGCUAUUCGAAAUCCCUCACCUGCAUUCUUGCUCUGCCGCUCAAAGGGUGGUCAAUGUCAUCAAGUUGUUUUCGAUCUGAGGAUACGUCGAGAUAGCUUUCUACCCUGGAGUUGUGCCAGCAAAACAUGAUCGUCAGAGAAAUGUGACAUAGCACAGCCGAUUUUGUCAGCCGCCACUUAAUUAGAUGGUAAACAUUAUUCUACCGAACGAAAUUGCACUCCCUCCGCGGUAACUUUGUUGAGAUUAC